GUUUUUAGAUCAGACAUCAAGCUGAUUUUUGUUUUGAGGAAGUCGAAACUUAGUUUUUCUUACUGAGAGGAGAAAAUGGCACAGAAAGGAAUUCAGCUUAACGGAGAAAAAUAUUCCUGUUCCAUCUGUUUGGAUCUGCUGAAGGAUCCAGUGACUAUUCCCUGUGGUCACAGCUACUGCAUGAUCUGUAUUAAAACCCACUGGGAUGAAGAGGAUCACAGGAGGAUCCACAGCUGUCCUCAGUGCAGAGAGACCUUUAAAAAGAGGCCUGUCUUGAAGAAAAGCACAAUCUUAGCAGCUUUAGUGGAAGAUCUGAAGAAGACUGGGCUCCAAGCUGAUCUGGCUAAUCUCUCCUAUGCUGGACCAGGGGAUGUGGCUUGUGAUGUUUGUACUGGGAGGAAGCUGAAAGCUGUUAAGUUUUGUCUAUACUGUCCAGCCUCUUAUUGCGAGAAUCACCUCCAACCCCAUUAUGAUGCACCACCAUUACAGAAACACAAGUUAGUGGAUCCCUCCAAGAAGCUCCAGGAGAACAUAGGUUGUUGUCAUGAUGAGGUGAGGGAGAUUUUCUGUCAUUCUGACCAGCAGUGUAGCUCUUAUCACUGCUUAAAUUAUGAACACAAUUGCCAUAAAAAAGUUCCAGCUGCAGCAGAAAUGACAGAGAAGAGAAAGAAGCUAAAAUGGAGUCGACAACAAAUCCAGCAGAGAAUCUGGGACCGGGAGAAAGAUAUCAAGCUGCUUCAACAGGAGGUGGUGGCCAUCAAUAUUUCUGCUGAUAAAGCAGUGGUGUACAGUGAGAAGAUCUUCACUGAGCUGACCCGUCUCAUCUGGAAAAGAAGCUCUGAUGUGCAGCAGCAGAUCAGAUCCCAACAGGAAACUGAAGUGAUUAGAGUCAAAGAGCUUCAGGAGAAGCUGGAGCAGGAGAUCACUGAGCUAAAGAGGAAGGAAGCUAUGCUGGAGGAGCUCUCAAAGACAGCUGAUGACAACCAGUUUCUCCACAACUACCCCUCACUGUCAGUGCUCAGCGAGUCUACACAGUCAUCCAGAAUCAAUAUCCGUCCUCUGAGAUACUUUGAAGAUGUGACAGCAGCUGUGUCAGAGCUAAGAGAUAAACUACAGGACAUCCUGAAAGACACAUGGACAAACAUCUCACAGGCAGUCACUGAUGUGGAUGUUUUACUGUCAGAACCAGAACCACAGACCAGAGCUGGAUUCUUCAGAUAUUCACAAGAAAUCACUCUGGAUCCAAACACUGCAAACAGACAUUUGGUAUUAUCUGAGGGGGACAGAAAAGCAACAUUAAUGAAACAACAACAGUCUUAUUGUGAUCAUCCAGACCGAUUCACUGCUUGGCUCCAGGUCCUGAGCAGAGAGAGUCUGACUGGACGUUGUUACUGGGAGGUGGAGUGGAGAGGGAAACGAGUUGAUGUUGCAGUUUCAUACAAGAAAAUGUGCAGAGCAGGAAACUCAGAUAAUUGUGAGUUCCGAUCUAAUGACAAAUCUUGGUCUUUAUAUUGUGACAGAAACAGUUACAUGUUUUGGCACAACAAAAUUAAAACUCCAGUUCCAGGUCCAGUUUCCUCCAGAGUAGGAGUGUACCUGGAUCACAGAGCAGGUCUUCUGUCUUUCUACAGCAUCUCUGAAACCAUGACUCUCCUCCACAGAGUCCAGGCCACAUUCACUGAGCCGCUGCAUGCUGGAGUUGGGUUUUAUAACGACGGAAUCUCUGCUGAGUUAAUGAAACUGAAAUAGUCCGAAGGGAUUGAGCUCUCUGUUGUGUCAUUUCUUCACUGCUCUGAGAUUAAGUGUUUUUAUGGUGCAACUUGUUCGUUAUAUUUGAUGUUUUGUUGAUGCUAAAGGUUGUUUAGGUGUUGCUUCUUCUUGCUACUGCUCAGCCACGUAGGCUGAGCAGUAGCAUUUUUAUUCAUCUACGCCCAAACCACAAAGGCGGGUGUAAUACCGUUUACACAUUGUGACAUUAUUCUAGCCAAUAAAAUAGUAAAGUGAUGACAUUUAAACCAGAAGUGCCCUAGUGGUAUUUUAGGAUGGAGUAUGAUGCCUGUCUGAAUCACAUCCUUUACACAGAAACCUUAAAUCAAUGUCAUGCCUCACAUGUUCUUCCUCAUGUGUCACCUAAAAGGUUCUUAUUCAUGUUAGCAUCCCUUAACAAGCAAGAAAAAUGCUAAACAUGCUAUAUGACAGGUUUUCAGAAAAUAAUCACAACAGUUUUUUCCUGACACCAGAAAUAUGAGAGGAAAAGCAAUUGCUGCUCCUUUCUCAGUCACAUAUUGGUAUCUGCCAAAAGCAUUAUUUCUUCUUUAACCAAUUCCACCUGAUUCAAACUGUUUUACUUACAAAACACGCCUCUGAGGAGACAAUUGUUUUAUAGUAUUUUUUAUCUUUAUAGGCCAUCGGACUGGCACAUCAAGUCAAUGUUCCUGUCUUUGAUGGGUGUGUAUGCCUAUAACCAAACUUGUGUGAAGAUAUACUAUCUAUGGUGGGGGGAAAUUAAUAAGAUAAAAUUGUGAAAUUUGCCCUGCCUAAACCUUUGUAAAUAUAUCACGAUAAAAUCUAUCUGUUGUUUAUCUGCACAAAGUGUUAUGUUAAGCUCUCAAAAUAACCUGGUAUGUUAGGCACACACACAAAAAAAUAAGAAAAUAAAAACCUGAAAAACAUACCUACAGCAGAACAUGGAAUCAUGCUCUGGGGUUAAUUUUCUUUGUUGUAAGUUAUAGUUAUAAGAUGCUGAUAAAGCCCCAAAUAAGAAUAACUGAAAGCUGCAAUUCAAUUCAAAGAGUCUUGUCUGUUGAUUAAAGGGUGUGCAUACUUAUUCUGCCUGGUUGUUGAACGUUUGAUUUUGAGUUUGUUAUCACAUUUUCUUUGUAACUUUCUUUGUAAUAAAUGUGAUUUUCAAUCAAAA